GGAGCUGCGCGUGGGGCCAUGGCGGCCGGCGGCGCGGUGGAGCCGGGCCCCCCGGGGCCCGCGGCCGUGCCUUCUCCUGCCCCGGCCGGGCCGUCGACCGCUGGGCCCCUGUUCCGGCCCCUCAGCGCCGAGGAUGAGGAGCAGCAGCCCACCGAGAUCGAGUCGCUGUGCAUGAACUGUUACCGCAACGGCACGACGCGCCUCCUGCUCACCAAGAUCCCCUUCUUCAGAGAAAUCAUCGUGAGCUCCUUUUCCUGCGAGCACUGCGGCUGGAGCAACACGGAGAUCCAGUCGGCGGGCCGGAUCCAGGACCAGGGAGUGUGCUACACCUUGACCGUUAGGGGCCAGGAGGACAUGAACAGAGAAGUGGUGAAGACAGACUCUGCCACUACCCGGAUCCCUGAGCUGGAUUUUGAAAUUCCAGCUUUCAGCCAGAAGGGAGCUCUGACCACUGUGGAAGGAUUGAUCAGCCGUGCUAUCUCUGGCCUGGAACAGGACCAGCCCACACGAAAAGCAAAUGAGGAUGCCAUAGCUGAAAGAAUUGACGAGUUCAUUGUCAAAUUGAAGGAGCUAAAGCAAGUGGCUUCACCUUUCACUCUGAUCAUUGAUGAUCCAUCAGGGAACAGCUUUGUAGAAAACCCACAUGCUCCCAGGAAAGAUGAUGAUUUGGUGGUCACGCACUACUACCGGACACUUCAACAGGCAGAGAUGCUGGGGCUCCAAGCAGAAGCACCAGAAGAGAAGCCUGAAGAGGAAGACCUCCGAAAUGAAGUGCUCCAGUUCAAUACAAACUGCCCAGAAUGCAAUGCUCCAGCUCAGACCAAUAUGAAAUUAGUGCAAAUCCCCCACUUUAAGGAGGUUAUCAUCAUGGCCACUAACUGCGAGAACUGCGGGCAUCGGACCAAUGAAGUGAAGUCUGGUGGGGCAGUGGAGCCCCUGGGCACCAGGAUCACCCUCCGUAUCACAGAUCCCUCAGACAUGACAAGAGACCUCCUUAAGUCUGAGACAUGUAGUGUGGAAAUCCCAGAGCUGGAAUUUGAACUAGGAAUGGCAGUUCUUGGGGGCAAGUUUACCACUUUGGAAGGACUCCUGAAAGACAUCCUCGAACUGGUGACCAAGAACCCUUUCACCCUGGGUGACAGUUGCAAUCCUGGUCAGUCGGAUAAACUACAGGAGUUUAGCCAGAAGCUGGACCAGAUCAUCCAGGGUAAGGUGAAGGCCCACUUUAUUAUGAAUGAUCCAGCAGGAAACAGUUACUUGCAGAACCUGUAUGCACCUGAAGAUGAUCCAGAGAUGAAGAUGGAGCAGUACAAGCGCACCUUUGACCAGAAUGAGGAGCUAGGGCUCAAUGACAUGAAGACAGAAGGCUAUGAAGCAGACCAGGCCCCACAGCGGUAGCAGUGGCAGGCUCAGGGAACAGCCCCAGCGGGUACUGUUUAUACUGACUGCAGGGCUGUUUGAUACUGUUGGACUAAAGCUGGGUGUGUCCUCUCCCAGCACCCCCCUUGAUGGGGAAGAUACCAAGAUACUUAGGAUGCCACAGAUGGGGCAUACUUCCUAAUAGUUUGUGAUGCAAAUUUAAGCCUGCUGCCACUUGACCUUAUUUUGGAAGUUUUGAACUGGCCUUGGAAGACACCCAGAAAUGAACCAUGAUCAAUGUGAUCAUCACCAUUACUCUACUCCCUCCACCCUGGUCAGCCUUUUUCCCUUUUCUGUCCUCUACCCAAUGUCUGUCCUCUUAAGGUUGGACCUCCGAAGUUGGCAAAGGUGAAAGACAAUUACAGCUGCAUUGUGGAGUUAGUUAGUUUUUGGCAUGUAAAGUACUGGCUUUCAACAGAAAGGUCUUCUGGGUGUGUGUGGGGUUGGUACAGGUGAGGAAGUUACUAAGAUGAUGACUUUCAAACAACACUG